CCUGCGCAUCGCUCCCAAGGGCUGUCGGCGCGCCUGCGCACAGAGUCCUCCGGUAGGUCCGUCAUGGCGGUUUCUGUCCUCUGUCGCCUGUCGCUCGGGUCAAGCGGCAGGGCCGCGGCCCGCUCCGCUUCCAGGAUUUUCGGUGGAUCCUUAAAUCCAGUUGGAAGUGAAAUCCAGCAGCAACAACAAAGAAAUCUCUCCCUUCAUGAGUAUCUGAGUAUGGGUUUAUUGAAAGAUGCAGGCAUAAGUAUCCCAAAAGGACAAGUUGCCAGUUCAGCUGAUGAAGCCUUCAAAGUUGCCAAAGCAAUCGGGUCGAAGGAUGUAGUAGUGAAAGCACAGGUUCUUGCUGGUGGUCGAGGCAAAGGAGAAUUUGAAGGUGGGCUCAAGGGAGGAGUGAAAAUCGUUUACUCCCCAGAGGAAGUUCGAGAUAUUGCUUCGCGGAUGAUUGGGAAAAAGCUAUUCACCAAACAAACUGGAGAGAAAGGGCGGAUAUGUAAUCAGGUGUUUAUCUGUGAGCGCAGGUAUCCAAGAAGAGAAUACUACUUUGCUAUCACUAUGGACCGGUCUUCUCAAGGACCUGUUCUUAUUGGCAGCAGUCAUGGAGGGGUGAAUAUUGAAGAUGUGGCAGCAGAGACUCCAGAUGCCAUUAUCAAGGAACCGGUGGACAUUAUGGAGGGAAUUAAGAGAGAGCAGGCUGCCAAGGUUGCUCAGCAGAUGGAUUUCCCAGCGGCACUAGUAGAUGAUGCUGCAGACGUUAUUGUACGUUUGUAUGAACUCUUCUUGAAAUAUGAUGCCACGUUGAUUGAGAUAAACCCGAUGGUGGAAGACUCAUCAGGCGUGGUGAUGUGCAUGGACGCGAAGAUCACCUUUGAUUCCAAUGCUGCAUACCGUCAAAAACAAGUGUUUGAUUUGCAAGACUGGUCCCAAGAAGAUGAAAGAGACCAGGAAGCAGCAAAGGCAGACCUUAACUACAUUGGACUAGAUGGCAACAUAGGCUGUUUGGUGAAUGGUGCAGGACUGGCUAUGGCAACCAUGGAUAUUAUAAAACUUCAUGGUGGCACUCCAGCUAAUUUCCUGGAUGUGGGUGGCGGAGCAACAGCCCAGCAAGUUACAGAAGCCUUCAGACUUAUUACUUCAGACAAAAAGGUUCAGGCGAUUCUGGUGAACAUAUUUGGUGGCAUUAUGCGUUGCGAUAUAAUUGCUCAAGGGAUCAUUACUGCUGUUUCAGAUCUGCACAUGAAAAUUCCCAUUGUUGUUCGAUUGCAAGGCACACGUGUUGACGAUGCAAAAGCACUAAUUGCUGCGAGCAGCUUGAAGAUCCUUGCUUGUGAUGACUUGGACGAUGCAGCUCGAAUGGUUGUAAAACUUUCAGAAAUUGUUUCACUCGCCAAAGAAGCUCAAGUCAAUGUGAAUUUCCAGCUCCCAAUCUGAUCAUGAUGCUUCAACCUCACAUCUAAAGGCUUUACUGGAAAGAGUUAUGGAAUAGCUAUUUAUUUUUCAUGUGCUUCUGUUUCUUGAAAAUGAUGGUUGAAUAAAACAAAUGUAUGUGUUUA